AUGCCUCAGCUUCUUCACCUCCCUUCCCUUUCGACCUUACAACCACACUCAACACCCACAGCCAGGGAAAACGUAGAAGAUAUUUUCGGAGGGGACUUCUCCAGCGACCAGAACACAUUUGAUGACGACGGGAACUCUGUCUUCGACCCAGACACCAUGGAGCACAUUCCCACCGAACAAACCGACGUCGUUCCCAGCACCGAGCUCACCAAUCAAACCGACGAAAAACUCGAGAACGCAGAGCGCGAGAAGUCGGCCAAGCUCGAUGCUAUCAUAGCGGACAUGGAAGAGCAGCUCAAGAAAUUAAAGUCACUUGAGUCAGAGGCUGGUGAACUGGCUGCGUUCUAUGGUAAGACGGCGGAGGCGGGAGGCAUGGAAGGCUUUGAUGAUCUGGAGCAGUUGAUGGCGAUGUGGAAAACGGUGUUCGUUCCCCCCACCGACGAGAAGCAGGAGUAG